AAAAAAACGGGAUUGCCUAUUACUACCCAAAAGGCAUUUAUUACGUUAUGGACUACUUCAAAAACAAAUACAAUAACCCUUUGAUCUAUAUCACUGAGAACGGAUUUAGUACUCCCGGUGAAGAAACCCGUUGUAAAGCUGUUGCUGAUUCCAAGCGGAUCGAUUAUCUCUGCAGUCACCUAUGUUUUCUACGCAAGGUCAUCAAGGAGAAGGGUGUCAACAUAAAAGGAUACUUUGCAUGGGCUCUUGGAGAUAAUUAUGAAUUCUGCAAAGGUUUUACCGUCAGAUUCGGACUUAGUUACGUUAACUGGACAAACCUCGAUGAUAGAAAUCUCAAAGAAUCUGGCAAAUGGUACCAAAGCUUUAUUAACGGUACCACUAAGAACCCUGCCAAACAAGAUUUCCGCCGCCCAAACCUCUCCCUCCGCAACCAGAAGAAGAACCUCGCAGAUGCAUGAAACACUUUAUCCCACCUUCAUGAUCAUCUUCAUAUCUCUACUACUUGCUUCAUAAUAAGGAGUUUGUUCUAUCUAUAUUGUACUACAUAAAUAUUCCAAUAAAAGAUGAUCAUUUACUAAUGAAUAUUUUCGUUUGAGUUCAA